AUGGAGGUGGAAGUGAAGCUUCGAUUACCAGACUCAAAUGCGCACCAAAAACUCCUCUCUGUCCUCUCACCAUUCCACACACAAACCCACCACCAACACAACACUUUCUUCGACGGCGCCGCAGCGGAGCUCUCCUCCCGACGUGCCGUCCUUCGUCUCCGAUUCUAUGAAAAUCCAGAUAAACCCCCUAGAUGCAUUGUUUCUCUCAAGGCAAAGGCCGUAAUUAUAGACGGAAUUAGCCGGGUUGAAGAGGAUGAGGAGGAAUUAGACUCAUCAAUUGGCCUUGAAUGCGUAGAAAAUCCGAAAAAGCUUUGUUAUGUGGAGGAGUCGAGGGUGCUGACGAGAGCAAAAGAGGAAUUUGGAAUUGGGGAAGAUGGGUUUGUGGGGUUGGGUGGAUUCAGGAACGUGAGGAAUGUGUUCGGGUGGAAUGGGGUGAAAUUGGAGGUAGAUGAGACAAUGUAUGAGUUUGGGACUUUCUAUGAGGUGGAAUGUGAGAGUACGGAGCCGGAGAAGGUGAAGGGGAUGAUUGAAGGGUUUUUGAAAGAGAAUGAAAUUCUGUAUGAGUACUCUGAGAAGUCAAAGUUUGCAAUUUUUCGAGCUGGGAAGUUGACAUAG